UCAAACUUUGCCGUGUGUCUUGUCUAUAGUCUGUUUCUGUUGUCGAAUUUUAAGGCACCUACGAUGCAUUAUUUAGUCAAAACAUCUUAAAAUGUGUUAUUAAAUUGAACUAAACAUUGUAAUUUAACUUCAAAUGGCGAAUUUUGGAGUAAACACUUAAAGCAGGGGCCUUGAACAUAAUUGAUUGUUGUUUUGCCCUGUUUAUAAAAAUGUCGAAGAAUGGCGAAGUAUCGUCAAGUCAAGGGCCAAGUAGACCAAACAUGCCAAAACCAGAUUUAAAUUUAUUCUGUUCAGAAAAACGCAAAAUGUUAGAUUUACAGCUUGGUGGACCAUCAGGUGAUGGGGCAGCAUUUGUGCCGUUCCCUUCGAAUACACCGGGGCCGAAAGCGAGAGUCCCAGCGCGUACUAUCAGAGAUGUUUUGCCUGACAAUACCAGAGAUAGAUGUAGAAUUUAUCCUACAAUGCAAUCAUCAGGAAAGUUGCAAUUAUCAGCUACAGAAAUAUAUGAUUUUACUGCAGAUGACUUACAGGAUCUUGGUGAAAUUGGUAGAGGUGCCUUUGGAGCAGUAAAUAAAAUGGUUCACAGAAAAACUAACAGAGUAAUGGCUGUGAAGAGGAUUCGCUCCACUGUGGAUGAAAAGGAACAAAAGCAGUUGCUUAUGGAUCUUGAAGUUGUCAUGAAAAGCAAUGAAUGUGUCUAUAUUGUACAGUUUUAUGGGGCACUAUUUAAGGAAGGUGAUUGUUGGAUAUGCAUGGAACUGAUGGAUACAUCUUUAGACAAAUUUUACAAGUUCAUUUGUGAAAGGAUGCAGACUCGAAUACCUGAAACUAUUUUAGCUAAAAUAACUCUUGCAACAGUCAAAGCUUUAAAUUAUUUAAAGGAGAAAUUAAAAAUUAUUCAUCGGGAUGUAAAACCUUCUAACAUAUUAUUAGACAGAAGGGGGAACAUAAAGCUUUGUGACUUUGGUAUAUCAGGUAAACUGGUGGACUCAAUAGCGCGGACUCGGGAUGCUGGAUGUAGACCCUACAUGGCUCCAGAACGGAUUGACCCAGGUCGUGCGAGAGGAUAUGACGUGCGCUCUGACGUUUGGUCUCUCGGAAUAACAUUAAUGGAAGUGGCAACAGGAGCUUUUCCAUACCCUCGUUGGGGUUCCGUGUUUGAGCAGUUACAACAAGUAGUUCAAGGUGAUCCGCCACGUCUCACUAACAAGAACAACUCAUUCUCAAACAACUUUGUCCACUUUGUCAAUACUUGCCUCAUAAAAGAAGAAACUCAGCGACCAAAAUACAACAGACUAUUAGAGCAUCCAUUCAUUAAAGGUAUAGAGCAAAGUCGGGCAGACGUUGCGGCGUACGUUUGCGAAGUUCUCGAUGCAAUGGAGAGGAAUGGAGUUAGCCCCUUCACCACAGACCAGCCAGCACAAGCUUGGGUUGACUAAUCCUGAUAGUACCGACGUGGCUAGAAAUUAAUUCUAGACCUAGCCUAGUCCUAGAUAAAAACCAAACACAUAGAACUCACGAUAAUCAAGUGAAUUUAUGAAACAUUGGGCUAUUAGAACCCUUGUUUCUAAAGCUUUUGCCAUACAACCAGGAUUGUGAAAUAUAAUUUAUAUCCAUCUUGUCACAUUAAAGUAGAUGCACUUAAAUUUAGGUUUCAUAAAAACAAGGUAAUUUGUAAAUUCAACAUCGGCUUGCCUUAGUUGAAUUAGUAAAAUCUUAGAAAAAAGGGUUGAAUUUCGUGUCUAUUUUAUACCUUAUGACUAUGAAAGAAGCAUAGUUUGAAUUGCAUACGCUAGAACAAGUAGGAAAUUUUUUUAUAAUCUCUUAUGCAAUCCUUGUGGCACUAAUGAAAUUUAUUUCUUGUCUAAUUUUAAAUUUUCUAAGUAAAUGUUAUUGGGUUCCCAUGGAUAUGAGUUAGUUUUUUUAUUAUCACAUAUUUAUUUGUCAGUUUUUUAAAUGCAUAUUUUGUUUUUAUUUAUGUUUAAUUUAAUGAAGUUUGAAUUUUUAACAAUAAUUCGACUCAUCAUCAUUAGCUGAGGUGUCCCCACUGAGGGCUUGGAGCCUACCCUAAGUUAGGGGGAAUUUAAGUCAUGAUCAAGAAUUUUUUUUUGUAAUCUUUUUUUUUGGUGAAAUUCAUAUAAUUAAAAAUGUUUUACUUUAAUAAAAUAUGAUGGGAGCCUAGUCUUGUUGACUAGAAAUGUUAAAAUUGUAAAAUAAAUCUUUUAUUGUGGAUGUGAAAUGCUUAUUAUUUUAUUUGGCUGACUGAGGUACACAAAUUUCAAAGGCCCCUUGGGCCUUAUGUAUAGGUGUAAUUUUGUAAUAAUUUGUAUAUACAGAUGGAUAAUAAUUAAUUGAUAAGUAAACAUUUUAAAGCAACCAUUUUAUAUGGCAGCAAUACACAUAAAUUAUAGACAAACACAUGCAAUUGAUUUCCAUUCUAUUUAAUCUAAAUUUAUUAUAUUUAAAAAAUGGUUUAC